GCUGGCAGAGGCAGAGGUGAGCCGCCACCACCACCUCCACCGCUGCUGCUGCUGCUGCUGUUCACUGCGCUCUUCUCUGGGAAAAAGCGGCCAACGGAUUAUCCAGCUCCGUAACGUUAGCCCGACGAGCUAACGGUCACAGACAGCGACCGAGGAGGGUCAUGAACAGCCGCCGGAGCCAGUGAAAGUUCGCCACAGCUUACUUUGGGACUUUAAUGCACGGAAAAACACACAAAAGGAGGUCCACGGAUCAUGCCGUCGCCCCCAAAGGGAACUUUUCUCUAGAAUUUCCACUUGGGAAAGGCUAGCUUAGAGGCUAGCAAGGCUACAAACUAUUUUUAAUUGGCUUUGGGCUCAAUGGCUGUCGCUUGUUUCUCCCUGUCAUAACGACAGCUAGAGACAUUUGGAAACGGGGAGAAGCCCCGUCAACUUCAUGCCAAACCAAAGUCCGGCUUUGAAGCGUAACUUCGGGAAGACUCGAGUGGGAAGGGACCGAAAAUGAAGAAGCAGUUCAAUCGGAUGAAACAGCUCGCCAAUCAAACAGUUGGCAGAGCGGAGAAAACAGAAGUACUCAGCGAUGACCUCUUACAGAUUGAACGGCGCAUGGAGUUGGUGCGUGUGGUGUCCCAUAACACACACAAGAGAAUGGUGUCUUGUCUACAGGGACACAUUGGCGCUGAUGCAGAGAAGAGACAUUCCGUACCACGCCUCUAUACAGGAAACGGUCAGAAAAAGCUUCCUCUGACGGCAUUAUCGCAAGCAAUGGUGGAAGGUGGAAACCAACUGGGAGAAGACUCUUUGAUUGGGAAGAUGAUGGAAGUGUGCGGUGAGGCUGAGAAUCGUCUGGCAUCAGAACUGAUGCAACAUGAGCUGCAGAUAGAAAAGGAUGUACUGGAUCCGCUCAGCCAGCUAGCUGAGGUGGACAUCCCCAACAUCCUGAAACAGAGGAAACAGCUGGCCAAACUGGUCUUGGACUAUGAUUCUGCCAGAGCAAGAUGGUUGCAGGCAACCAAGUCAAUAAUCUCAGGAACAAACACUCAAGCACUGACGGCCAAAGCUGACCUGCUCAAGGAGGAGGUGGACGAGGCCAUGAACAAAGUGGAGCUUUGUAAGGAUCAACUCGCUGCAGACAUGUACAGUUUUUUCUCUAAAGAAGGGGACUAUGCCCGCUACUUUGUAACACUCUUAGAGGCUCAAGCUGAUUACCACAGGAAGUCUCUCACUGUUUUGGAGAGUGUCCUGCCAACUAUUCAGGCUCAACAAGACUCAUGGACAGAGAAGCCUGCAUUUGGCACCGGGUUGGACGAACACCUGAAAAGGAGCAACAGGGAGAUCGCCCUGCCCAUUGAGGCCUGUGUCAUGAUGCUUCUGGAGACGGGCAUGAAGGAGGAGGGUCUGUUCAGAAUCGCAGCAGGGGCUUCGAAACUAAAGAAGCUAAAAGCAGCGCUGGACUGUUCCACUUCACAACUGGAGGAGUUUUACUCUGACCCUCACGCUGUUGCUGGAGCGCUGAAGUCCUACCUGAGGGAACUCCCUGAACCUCUGAUGACCUACCAGCUUUAUGAUGAAUGGAUCCAGGCGUCCAGUGUGCCAGAUUCAGACAAGAGGCUGCAGGCACUCUGGGUCGCAUGUGAUAAGCUACCAAAGAACAACAAAACCAACCUGAGGUAUCUGGUGAAGUUUCUAGCCAAGUUGGCUCAGGAGAGUGAGGUGAACAAAAUGACUCCCAGCAACAUUGCUAUCGUACUGGGACCCAAUUUACUCUGGGCCAAGACUGAAGGGAGCCUGGCUGAGAUGGCUGCAGCUACCUCUGUGCAUGUGGUGGCCAUCGUAGAGCCCAUCAUCCAGCACGCCGACUGGUUCUUUCCAGAGGAUGUGGAGUUUAAUGUGUCGGGCAUGUUUGUGAUGCCGACUCCUGCAUCCAACCACAACAAUCAUCUCGAUUAUGACUGUGGCACCAUUGAGAGGAAGCGUCCUGGCAGUAUGGUGGGACCAGAGAAUGACUCAACACGCAAAGACAACACCCCUAACAAGCACUUGGACCACACCCUUCGUAGAGGCAGUAACACCUUAGGUAGAAAGCAGCACACUUCACCUGCCUUCCAGCCUCCUUUACCUCCUGUGGAGGCUGCAGGGCAGGGGCACGCAGCUGCCCAGGUCCCCCAGGCCUCAGCUGAGCCACAGCCCCAGCCACAACAAGCUCCAUCAGGGGGUUCAGGGUCCGACCCUUCCCAGCAUAGCUUGGCACAGAGUCUGGCCGCUUUGGCAGCUGCUCAGCAGCUUCUAGCCCAGCACACAGAGGAGCUCAGCAACCCAAAGCUGCGUGACUCCACACCCGUCCCCACUCCUCUGCUGCAGAGGAAUGGCUCUGAAAGAGGGGGCCAGGCUGCAGGACAGCUGGGCACCGGGAACCCCGGGGCUGGACCCACGGGGCCUAGUCCACAUAUGAUGCGCAGAGUUACCAAGAAACAGGCUCCUGCUCCUCCCAAACCGACCAACCCCCCUCCCAGUCAGCCCUGUAACUCAGCGAACCACACCACCUCCUCAGGCUCCUCUCAGUCCUUCAGCCCCAACAGCAGACCCCAGUCCAGCCACUCGCCCACAUCUCCCACCUCCCCGACCCCCCAGCCCUGCGCCACACCCAGACGCCACUCCAGUAACCAGCCCCCAAUCCAGGCGCCCAACCACCCGCCCCCUGAGCCUCCGACGCAGGUCAGCCCCCCAACGCAGCAUUCAGCCGGUGUGGACCAGCAGAGCGUGGACCCCUCACCCCCAGGCACCCCGACACCUCCCGACACCCCUCCUCCUUCCACCAUCACCACCCAGGACGGCCCUGGGGCUGUCGCACCUCCGUCCCCGUCUCCUUAUCAGUCUGGCUCUCUCCCCCGGCCACGACCCGUCCCCAAACCCAGGAACAGACCCAGCGUCCCACCACCCCCUCAGCCCCAGCCCCAGCCACACCCCCAGCCCACCGCACUGGCCAAUGACACCAACGGGAUCUGCGCCACAGCCUACAAGACGAUGGACCCGCUGAUGUCUUUCAGAGGCCUGAGUCGAGCUUUGGUCCCUGAGUUUGCUGUAGACCAGCAGUCCUCCUCCUCCCUGUCUCCUCCCAGAGACUGUGACCUGGACACUGAGAGCACUGUCCUAUAAGGAGACAUCCUUGGGUCCAGUAGCCGUCUAGUCUCCUCUUUUUUUUUUUUUUUUCUUCUAUUUUUUUUCAUCUGUGUCUGCAGCCUUCCUCAAAGAGAUAACCCUCUGCUGCUGCCAUCUGCUCCCUCCUCGUUCCCGCAUGAAGGAUUUUAAUGUGACACGAUGCAACUUCUGGCACCGUGAUGGAUGUUGGACCAGCAGAAUUUAACCACAAAAUCAGAUAAACUCAUGAUAUAUAUAACCAGUCGUGUUUUAUUCAGUAUAUACGAGAGACACAGAUCCUCAUAUCGGACUCACUUUUUCUUUAUAAUGCACAUGAACUGAGCUCCACCCACACAGUCUAUCACUUACUAACACAAACCUCCAUGACGGUGCCAGAUGCAAACUACUAAAACUUCUACUACAUUGAACCUAGGGCUGGGCGAAAUAGACAAAUGUCACAACAAAAAUGUACCUGUCAGUCAAAAUGAAAAGGACAUCAUGAAGUCCUGACAAGCUGAUAAUGGUGUCUGAGAUGAAGCAUGAUGAAAAUUAUGCAAAAGAUGAUGUAAAUGAAGCAACAAAAUGGAAUCGUUAUCGGCGUAGCACAACAAAAAUUACAUGUAAUGCACAAGAAGAUACCAAAUGAUAUAAUACGCUACAAA